CUGUCCUCUUCUGUUCUUACACAAACAGCACACUCAGCCCGUCCUUUAUCUCUCAUAUCAUUUGCUCCAAAACACCAUUCUUAACCACGUAAACUGAUCCUCUACCCCCACUUUCCUGGCCCUUUAGGCUCAGUUCAUCUUCAUUCACACCCUACAAAGAAAAAUUCAUUCUUUGCGGUGAUCAGUUUGUCGAAAAAUGUAUUCUUCAAUGUCAAUGCACUCUUUUCCAUUAGAUGGGAGUGGAGGAGAAUACCAAGUUCCCUUAGAUGGCACCAACUUGGCCGGUGACGCCUGCCUUGUUCUUACCACGGAUCCCAAGCCCCGACUCCGCUGGACUGCCGAGCUCCAUGAAAGAUUUGAAGAUGCUGUCGCUCAGCUUGGUGGCCCUGAUAAAGCAACACCAAAGACAAUUAUGAGAACAAUGGGAGUAAAAGGCUUGACUUUGUAUCACCUGAAGUCGCAUCUUCAGAAGUACCGUUUGGGCAAACAAGCAAACAAGGAGGUAACUGACUACUCGAAAGAAGCAUCUUGCGUUGCUGAAAAUCAGGAUACGGGUUCAUCUAUGUCAGCUUCAUCAAGAAUGAUGGCCCAAGAUAUAAACGAUGGGUACCAGGUUACUGAGGCUUUGCGAGUUCAGAUGGAAGUUCAAAGAAAACUGCACGAGCAGCUCGAGGUUCAGAAUCGUCUCCAGCUCCGAAUUGAAGCGCAAACCAAGUAUCUUCAGUCGAUCCUUGAGAAAGCUUGUAAAGCUCUUGAAAAUCAUACUGUGGCCUCUGCUGGGUUAGAAGCUGCUGGGGAAGAACUCUUGCAACUGGCAAUCAAAAUUUCUAAUGACUAUCAUGGCAUGAUGGUAGCAGAUCCUCCUGUACCCGAGGUUUCCACAUUUAUGGAGAGAAAAAAUUCUUCCAAUGUGCCUGCUAGACUAGUAGACUGCUCGAAUGACAGUUGUUUGAUGUCGAAGGGAAGUCCAGUCUCUCCUGCUAUUUCUGGUUCAAACGGCACUGCACUGAAGAAAAGACAACAACAUAUGUUUAGUAACGAGAACAUGGUCCUUUUCGACAACAGUACAAGGUCGGUGGAGUGGACGAUGUCAAAUAUUGGAUGAGUCCCGCAGGAUAAUUUCGUUCCAAGAAUGGAUUUAGUUCCAUUUUCUUUACUGUUUCUCUUUCAGAUCAGUGGUUUGUGCAUUCUUCAAACAGAUUCAAUCAAUCCCAUGUAUUCAUCAAUUUGUAAAUUCUGAUGUUAACGAUGGAUUACAGACAUCAAUAAGCAAUUCCCAGAACGCGUGUUCAUCUCA